GACUAAAUGAACUUUGUCUCAUCUCAUCGUGAAGAGUUGUGGCUCUCAAUUUUCUGUAAAAUUAUAUUAUGUAAGUUUAUUCGAUACGCUGAUACUAAAUGGCGUCCUUAAUCAGGCGAGUUUCAAGGGAAAUAUUGCGUUCAAAUUCAAAUAAACUUUUUGGUAUCAAAGCAGCAAAGGCCAGUACCUCAGAGCAUGUUGGUGUUCACCCUUUUGCACUACUGCCGGAGACACAUGAAAUGUUAAGAAAGACAUGCAGAGAUUUUGCUGAUGAAGUUCUGAAACCCAUUGCAGGGGAUGUGGACAAGCAUCAUAGGUACCCGGCUAAGGAGGUGAAGCAAAUGGGAGACCUUGGCCUCUUGGCAAUAGAUGUUAAUGAAGAGGAUGGUGGUACUGGAUUGGAUUACCUGGCAUAUGCUAUUGGAAUGGAAGAAAUCAGCCGUGGUUGUGCCACUGCUGGUGUUAUUAUGAGUGUAAACAAUUCACUGUACCUAGGUCCAAUUCAAAAUUGGGGUAGCAAUGCCCAGAAGGAGAACUUUCUUAAACCAUUCAUUAAUGGAGACAGAGUUGGCUGCUUUGCAUUGAGUGAACCAGACAACGGAAGUGAUGCAGGGGCUGCUAAGACAACUGCUACACUGGAUGGUGAUCACUGGGUGCUGAAUGGAUCAAAGAUGUGGAUAACGAAUGCAUUUGAAGCUGAAGCUGCUGUGGUUUUUGCUACUACUGACAGAGCGAAGAAACACAAGGGAAUCAGUGCAUUUUUGGUACCUAUGCCAACAGAAGGCCUAACCCUUGGCAAAAAGGAAGACAAACUCGGCAUCCGCGGAAGCUCGACGUGCCAGUUAAUAUUUGAAGAAUGCAGAAUACCAAAGGAGAAUAUUUUGGGAGAGGCUGGUUUUGGAUUCAAGAUAGCUAUGAUGACACUUGACGCUGGCAGAAUAGGAGUUGCAGGGCAGGCCCUCGGAAUAGCACAGGCCUCUUUAGAUGUUUCAGUUGACUAUGCUGAAAAACGACUCGCUUUUGGCGCACCAAUAGCAAAACAACAAGCCAUACAAAUGAAAAUUGCGGACAUGGCUUUACGGCUCGAGAGUGCCAGGCUGUUAACUUGGAAAGCUGCAAUGCUCAAGGAUGCCAAAAUGGAGUUCACGAAGGCUGCAGCUAUGGCCAAACUUGCAGCAUCAGAAACUGCAACAUUUAAUUCACAUCAGGCUAUCCAGAUUCUUGGUGGAAUGGGUUACGUAACUGAUAUGCCCGCAGAAAGACAUUACAGGGAUGCAAGGAUUACAGAAAUUUACGAAGGCACAAGCGAAAUCCAAAGACUUGUUAUUGCUGGCAAAGUAUUUAAAGAAUACGCUUCUUAGUCUGUAUCACACUGUUUCUUGUAUUUUCUUGUAUUUAUUCUUAUAAGUUGUUCAGGAGCCUUUCUGUAUUUCGUGUGAAGGAGCGGGUUUUGUA